AUGGGCGACGAGGGCUGCGACGACGCGAGGGCGUCGCUGCUGUCGCACGAGAGCGAGCCGGAGUGGGCGCAAGUGGCGGGCAUGGCGAGCGACCUCGUCGUCACCAUCGGCCAGCGCGCCUUCCACGUGCUCCAGUACCCGCUCUUCUCCCUGUCAACGGUGAUAGCGAGCGCGGCAGCAGCAGCGGACGAGGGCACGGGCCCCACGCAAGCGGACCUCUCGUUCCUCCCUGGUGGCGCGCUCUCCUUCGUCCCCAUCGCCUGCUACUGCUACGCCCGCCCCUGCCGCCUCUCGCCCCACUCCAUGCUGCUCGUGCGCUCUGCAGCACUGCACCGUGCUGUAUCCCAUGUGUUGACCAUUUCUGCUCUGCACCCAUUCUCUCCUCAUCCCCAAUCUUCUCAACCCCCCUCCCCCCAUUCUUAUCAUUCUCCCUCUUCUUAUCCUCCCCCUUUCUCGUCCCCCCAUGUUCUCACCUUCCUUCUUUUCUCCCCCCCUCUCCUCCUCCCUCCUCUCCCCCUCCCUCCGCCAGCAUCGCUGCUGGAGAUGAACGCGUGUAGGUCCAUCCACACACUGCCACUGUUUCUGAGGCUCUGUAAACCUCCCUUUCCCCCGCUCUCCCCCCUUCCCCCCUCUCCCCUCUCCCCCCUUCCCCCUAUCCCCCCUUCCCCCGCUCCCCCCUUCCCCCUCUUCCCCCUUCCCCGUCUCCCCCCUUCGCCUCCUCCCGCUGGCAGCAUCGCUGCUGGAGAUGAGCGCGUGUGGGUCCAGCCACGCACUGCCACUGCCUCAGCUGGCAACGCAGCGCCUGCAGCACCUCCUGCUGCACUGCCCGCCCUGCCUGCAUGUGCUCUCGUCUCCUUACUCGUGUGGACUGAUGACAACUCCUCACCUCCUCUUGCAUGCACGCCCGCACAUUCCUUGCUCACCUUUUCACCAUUGCCUUCACUCUCCCCCACCCACUGCCUGCCACCCACCGUCUCCCAUCUGCCACCACGGCCGGGCCAGCAGUCUCCAUGCCCCGCCACUCCUUCCCUGAAUGCUCUUCCUAACUCCCAAACACGCCUCCAUUGCUCUCUGUCGCUUUCUCCCCUCCCUCUCCCACCUUCCCCUCAACACACCACAAUCAAGCCCUGCAGCAUCUCGCUCGUCUCCUCCCCCGACCCCGCCACCCUGCCUCUCUCCACCCACCUGCUCUUCCACCUGCUCUCACACGCCUGCCUCUGCGCCAUGCUACGCUCCUCCCUGCUCUUCCACUUCCAAGCUGCCACACACCGCCCCACUCCGCCCCACUCAGGAUGUUGGGGUGGUGCAGCAUCUGUUUCCCCUCCCACUCCCCCAUGUCCAUGUGAGCGCAUGCUGCCUCUCUCCCAUGCCGUGCCACGCCAUGCCUCGCGCCGCUCCUCCCGUCUCUUCCUCUACCAACCUGUUCCACAGCCGUGA